AUGAAGACCACGGCUGUCGCAUGCGCCCUCGCCGGUCUCGCCAUUGGCUCUGCUUCUGCUGAGAGCCCGACCCCGACCGAGCGCCAGGCUCCUCACCGCGCCCGCGCCGUCCCCGUUGUCACGGUUUCCGGUAAUGCUUUCUGGGCCAACGGUGAGCGCUUCAUCAUUCGCGGAAUUGACUACCAGCCCGGUAGCUCCGGCAAGAACGAUGAUCCCAUCGCCAACGUCAACACGUGCAAGCGCGAUAUCACCGAGUUCAAGCGCCUCGGCAUCAACGCUGUCCGCAUUUACAGUCUGGACAACUCGGCAAACCACGAUGAGUGCAUGGGCCUGCUCGCCGACGCCGGCAUCUACCUGAUGGCCGAUCUCAACAGCCCCAAGUACUCCAUCAACCGUGACGACCCCGGACCCAGCUACAACGCCGCGUACCUGCAGUCCGUCUUUGCUACCGUCGAGGAGUUCGCCAAGUACGACAACACGCUCCUCUUCUUCUCCGGCAACGAGGUCAUCUACACGCUCAACACGACCACCUCGGCAGAGUACGUCAAGGCGACGACGAGGGAUGUCAAGAACUACAUGCGGGCCCGCGGUCUGCGCCAGAUUCCCGUCGGCUACUCGGCCGCCGACAUCUCGGCCAACGUCUGGCAGGCGGCUGACUACUUCAACUGCGGCAGCGAUGACGCCCGUAGCGAUUUCUGGGCUUUCAACGACUACUCUUGGUGCAACACGGACUUUUUGACGUCGGGCUGGAACCAGAAGGUUCAGAACUUCACCGAUUACGGCAUUCCCGUCUUCCUGUCCGAGUACGGCUGCAACACCAACGGUGAGCGCAAGUUCAACGAGAUCGAGUCCCUGAUGCACCCCAACACGACGGGCGUCUACUCAGGCGGCCUCAUGUUCGAGUACACCAUGGAGGAGAACAACUUUGGCAUCAUCGAGGUCAAGAACGGCAAGGUCGAGGAGCUUCCCGAGUUUGGGAACUUUGCCUCGGCCCUCAGCAAGUGGCCCAUGCCCACGGCGGCCACGGCCCUGCACUCGACGACCCACGGCGUCGCCUGCCCGACAUCGGCCUCCCUGUGGGAGGUGAACGAGAGCCUGCUGCCCAAGAUGCCUCAAGAGGCCGAAAAGUACAUGGAUGACGGUGCCGGCACAGGUCCCGGCCUCGACGGCGAUGGCUCUCAGUGGAACGUCGACAGCGGCACCGCCACGACGUCGGUCGCCAGCGGUACCCCCUCUCCCACCGGCCAGGGUUCCAGCAGUGGCGGCGGCGGCGGCAACAACGGUGGCAGCGGCAACGGCGAAAGCGCGGCCGCCGGCCUCGCUUCCCACGGCAUGCUGUAUGUCAGCUUUGCCGCCGCUGUGGGCACUAUCAUGGGUGUUAUGUUCCUCUGA